AUGCUAACAACCAAACGAGUGGUGAUUUUAAUCAUCGCCAUGUUGAUCCAAAGUAGUCGAAGUCUAGCGUUUUUCGCUUCCAAUUUGGGUAAAGCAGCAACAAGGCAGUUUCUAAGGGUGAAUACUCGUUCGUUGGGAAUGCAGACCUUUGACGAUGUCAUUUCAUCUCCCAAAUCCAAGACGGCCAAAAUGGUACAGAAUCUUUUGACGAAGAGAAACAAACGAGUCGAGGCCCAGCAAACCGUCGUAGAAGGCCCAAGGAUGGUAUUUGACAUGCUCGAAAAUCCAACUACUGAAUCAUUAGUGAGACAAGUGUUGGUGUCCGUGGACGAUUAUGAAGCGCAAUAUCAAGAUCGGUUGGAAUCCAUCAUCUCGUCUAGUGAUAACGAACGCGUCUCGCUGCAGCUGGUAACACCCGAGUUGCUCAGCACCCUGAGCGAUACGGUGACACCCCAAGGCAUCAUGGCAAUUGUAGAUAUUCCUGAAAUAAAAGUGACUUUGCCGGACAAUGAUGUGACACCAAUAUAUCUUGUCUUGGAUGGCGUUUCAGAUCCAGGCAAUCUUGGGACUUUGUUGCGAUCCAGUUUGGCCGUAGGUUGCGCGGGUGUCGUGUUACUGCCCGGGAGUUGUGACCCUUGGAGCCCAAAAGCAGUUCGAAGUUCCAUGGGGGCCUCAUUUCAGUUGCCGAUUGUGCAAGCGCCAAAUUGGGAAUCUGGUUUAAACGUUCUGGAGGAAUGGGGAGUUGAGGCUGUGUAUGCGGCCACCAUGGUCGAGGGAGACGAUGACGAGAGUAGGAGUCAAGCCCACUUUUCGAUUGAUUGGCGAAGUAAAGCUUCCGCUUUGGUCAUUGGUAGUGAAGGCAAGGGGUUGAGGGAGGAAGUGCGAAACGCAAUUCAUGAUAAAGACAAGAAACAGGUCAGUGCCGUGCACGUUCCCAUGUGCAAGGGCAUUGAGAGCUUGAACGCGGCAGUCUGUGGAAGUGUGAUCCUGUUUGAAUAUUCACGACAGUGUAGUAUUACUGCGUAG